GGGGAGGAGAAGUCGUCCAUCCAUGUCGACGAGAUCCUCCGCAACGACUGUAUCCAUCUCCGAAACCCUCCCAGAUUCCCUCCAAUCCCAGCAAAACCCUACUACUUCCGACUCCAAAGAGCACAUACCGAAGAUUCCUGAGGCUGCGGAGGAUAAGGUCGGAGGCGAUGAAGAAAUCGAGGGCUCCGCCAUGGAUCCGUUGUCGAAUUCGUGGGAAGAUGGCGACGAAGCCGUGAGGAGAUUGGAGGAGCUGAGGAUUCAAAGCGGAGAAGGAUCGGAGUUGUCGGAGGAACAGAUUUGGACCAACGACCAGCUCCAACGAGACGAGGUGCUUGCACUGGAAGCAAUUUACGGGGAGAAUGACAUUAACUUAGGCAAAAAAGGAGGUCUACGAUUUUUACAGGCUUAUGUAUAUUGUGAAGUUUCUGAUGGAAUUAGUGUAUCAGCGAAGCUUCAUUCAGAUACUGGAAAGUUAACUUCUGGAGUAAAUCGUCAUGCUGACAUGGCAAUAUCUGAAAACACCAAUGAGUUCAUAUACACUUUCCGCGUCCAGUAUCUGCCCCCGAUUUUGUUAACUUGUUUAUUACCUCAAUCAUAUCCCAGUCAUCAUCCUCCCUUAUUUACUAUCACUGCACAGUGGUUGGAUAAGGCAAAGAUAUCCAGUCUUUGCCGCAUGCUGGACACCAUAUGGAUAGCGCAACCAGGACAGGAAAUUAUAUAUCAGUGGGUAUAUUGGAUACAAAAUUCUUCACUCUCUCACCUUGGAUUUGAUAGUGGAGUAAUGCUAGGCGUAUCUGAUAAGCCAGAGGCUGCAGAUAGGCGUGCGCUCUCUGGGAGUGCUUCUCCGGAGUUCAUAAUUCCUUUAAUGAUGAGUUACAAUGAUGAGAAGCGCCAUGAAGCUUUUCUUAACAAUCUGCAUCAGUGUGAUAUUUGUUUUAGUGACUAUGCAGGUACGGAUUUCAUUAAGCUGCCAUGCCAACAUUUCUUUUGUUGGAAAUGCAUGGAGACCUACUCUAGCAUGCACGUGAAAGAAGGCACUGUAACUAAGUUGUUAUGCCCUGAUACUAAGUGUGGAGGUCUUGUUCCACCUAGUUUGCUGAAAAGGCUGCUUGGAGAUGAGGACUACGAACGUUGGGAAUCAUUAGUGCUUCAGAAGACAUUAGACUCUAUGUCUGAUGUAGUUUACUGCCCCAGAUGUGAGACUGCUUGCUUAGAAGAUGCGGAUAAUCAUGCUCAGUGUUCAAAGUGUUUCUUCAGCUUCUGUUCUCUUUGCAGAGAUCGGCGCCAUGUAGGGGAGACAUGUAUGACUCCAGAAGCGAAGCUUCUUAUUUUGCAGGAGCGCCAGAAAUCAACGGGUCUCAAGGCAGAGCAACUACGGAGGGAACGCGAGUUGAUGAAUGAACUCCUGAGUGUGAAGGAGGCACUCCGUGAUGCUAAACAGUGCCCAUCUUGCAAGAUGGCCAUUUCGCGUACAGAGGGCUGCAACAAGAUGGUGUGUGGUAAUUGUGGGCAAUAUUUCUGCUACCGCUGUAACAAGGCAAUUGAUGGAUAUGACCAUUUCAGGGUAGAAUGUGAACUAUUCUCCCAAGAAGAGAUUACAAACUGGGAGAUACGAAUGAACCAGCGCCGAGUGGUGGGACAGUUACAUGCUGAGCUAUUCCACAAUUUUGUCCAUCCGUGCCCUAAUUGUCGUCAGCCAAACGCAAAGACGGGCAACAAUAAUCACAUCUUGUGCUGGGCAUGCCAAACCCAUUUCUGUGCGCUAUGCCGCAAGACCGUGAGGAGGAGCUCGGAGCACUUUGGGCCCAACCGAUGCAAGCAACACACUGCAGACCCCUAGCAAAAUGGUAUUCUGUAUCAUUUUCUCAUAUCAAAAUACCAAUCUCAAGUGAUUACAAGAGCAUCUCUUACCCUUCUCUCAUCGUUGACUUCUUUCCAAUUGUUUAUCCUCCAACGAGAAUUGUAAGUUUAUUUGAUAUAGUGGUCGAAGAAACACAAUUCUAGGAAGAGAUAUCUAUCCUUAUCUGGGUGCCCGUUUAGUGGCGGCGAUGUUGUACACUAGCAUAUAAAGUUUUACAGCUUUAUUUGAUUUGUUUCUUUCUCUAUUGCUAUUGUUUCCUGUAUGUGCCCUCUCUAUACAUCAUCAGGCAGUCCGGGACAAA